UUCUUCCUUCUCUCAGUUGAUAUUUGAGUGUUGAGCGAUUCCCAUCUUCGCCGAAAUGGCCGAGUGAAAAUCAGCCUGUCGACAGCGCCCAAACUCCUCAGUGCAACAACUUUGUGCACUGGCUCAUUACAUUUACUGCAAAAUGGCGUCCUUUGUGGAAACUCACACCUUUGCUGUACCCGACAGCACGAAAUUGUUUGAAUUCUCUGUAGAACACUCCUUGAUCUCUCUUGAAGUAGACAACCAUGUCUUUGAUAAGCUCACGGUUUGGCCCGGCCGAUAUGGAGGCCCUUCUUUGGGACCCUUCAUCACCGAUGGUUGACCCUCUGGAGUCUUACCUGGAUAGAGAUGAUGAGGUGCUUCCUCUUGGUGGGGCUGAAUCGCCCCUCUCAUCUUUCUCUUCCUCUCCACUUCCCUCUCUCUCCCCACCCUGCUCUCCUCCCUCCUUUGAGAGGGGGGAAAAGGCUGGGCUCAUCCAGCCAUCCCUGUCCUGGAUCUCCUCAGAUGAGCUGUGCCAAGACAAUGAUGGCACAGGUGGUGGCAAAGAGCGUUCCUUUAGUGAAAUGGAAUGGAUGACGGAGAGAAUUGAUUUUAGCGAGUUCGACCUGGACUCUCUCAUUGGCUCCUAUGAUUCUGAAGAUCCACCCAGUUCCCCUGAAGAACUCAUCGCUUCUCUUGAGUCACAGAUAGAGUUGGAUUCCCUGCCCUUACCUUCUGAAAACAUUCCUUCACCCUCACCACUCGCUCCUGUCCAUUUAACUCCAGCUUCUGUCCCUGAAAUAGAUCCACUUUCCAGCCUUUUAUUCACUUCAGUUACUACCCCUUUCAUCUGUUCAGCGUCUCCUGAAAUGGAAGAUUCCUCCUCUGUGGUCCCUGAGCCGCAGUCUGAGCUUGAGAUCAAGUCAGAACCAGCCUCCCCAGUCCCAUCCCCUUCCACACUUUCACCCGAGUCCCCCACUGACACUCUUGAGCUUGGUUGUGAGGUGGACAUCUCAGAAGUCCAGAGUCCAUCCCCCAUUGAGCUUCGGGUGCCUAAAAUUGUCCUGUCCCUCUCCCCAACCCGCAUUGUUCUUGUACUUGCUCACAAAGAGGAGCUUAACAUGAUAGCAACCCCUCUGGGCGAAGGUCAAGUGGUUGUGAAGAGUUCCUCAAAACCAACUUCCCCCAAACCACAAACCCUAUCCUCUCCCCAGUCUUCCUCUUCAAGGGUGAAUCCUUACCCUACAUCUGAUUCCAAGCCAACCCAAGUUCAGUAUUCAGAAUCGCCCACCCUUGUUGGAAAAGUGAAGUCAGCCAGUCGCGUCAAGAUGGUGGUUGAGAAACAGCUGAAGAAAAUGGAGCAGAAUAAGACUGCAGCCACACGUUACCGACAGAAGAAGCGAGUAGAGCAAGAUUUGCUCCUAUCGGAGUGUGCAGCUCUUGAGGAAAGAAAUCAUGAACUGGUAGAGAAAGCAGAUACAAUCACUAAGGAGAUCCAGUACCUGAAAGAGCUAAUGGAAGAAGUCAAGAAAGCAAGACAGAGCAAAGAAUGAAAGAGAUGAGUUUGUACGGGCGCAAAGGCUUAAAAGCAGAGAUAAAUUGACUGUUUAAUCGUAGCCUAGAAUACCAGCAUAAGCAGUGAAUGGUGGGAAAGUAGGGUAUUAGGUGUUGGUCUUAAAGCAAGUAUUUUUAGAAGGGUUGUGUAAAUUACCUUUCUGAUGCUUCCCCAAUAUUCUAUUUAGUAUGUCAGUUAUGAACAACGCCUGUUCUUUCCUUACAAGUGUGUUGUUGUUUUUAAUUUUAAGCACUGUAUUUAAAAAAUAAAAAACAAUUACCAGGUCA